UAGAGGCAGCUAGAACACGUAUCGUCUAUUGUUUAUCUUCUGAAGGUCUCUGAAAUUAGACAUGUGCAUGUACUCCAGGAUAAACUAGUGAUCACUAGUGCUGGUAUAACUGCGAGGUUCGGCAUCGCGAUGUUUGAAUAUGCCCGGCUUCUACAAGACCAAGCGGUCAGGAAAGGCAGGGAGGGAGCCUAAGCAGCGUUCGACUCAACCAGUUUUGGGGAAGAUGCAGCGGAUAUUUACUCUGGCGGUGUGCAACGAGCUUAAACAACCGUCAUUGAAUACAAAAAACUCCACUACCAGGCCAGAAGGAUUGACAGCUUAGAAAAUGCUACGCCAAUCCAUGCUCCAAAGAUGUACUUGCGCAAAGAAGAAUUCAGUUAACAUCUAACCACUCGUCAGAUAAACUUCAUCAAAUAAUAAACCAGCAACGGAGGAAAUGAUUCACAUUAAGGCAGAGACUAAAAUUUCACAUCUUUCUGUCUUACCGUGCUGUUUAGGUAUUUAUUGGUCAAAUCUGAGAUACGAGUUGGACACGCUAGCUUCGAGAUGAUUGUUAUGAACUCACACAGUGUACCUGGAGAUAACUAAAUAACCCGAGGGUUGAAUGCGAGUGCUCUCAUCCUCGCAGAUUUUUCAUCCGCCAGAGCUUUUCAUCGUCCACCUCCCCACACAAUGCCGCACGCAACAUCUAGCCCUCCAACCACCACAGAGCCUACCCCUAUAGACGAGGACGCAAUCGACAACGUAAAAGCAGGCGCGGCGGGAAUCAUCAGCACCGCAGCAUACACCAAAGCCGAGCUCCUCGACCAGAUCACCUACCUCUUCCACCAUGAGCGCUACGACAGCAAUGACCCCCGCAUCAUCGCCGAAUCGCGCCGGAUAAUCGACGAGCUCUGGCAGGCGCGGCUGGAGCAGCAGGCGACAUGGCCCGCGGACGCGGACGCCGGGUUCCAGCGCGUCAAGCGUGCCUUUGAGAUCCUGGCCGCGAACAAGGGGAUCGUGACGCGGAUGAAUUUCUGCUACACGGCGCAGUCUGGCGAUGCGCAGAUACACCGGGAGGCGCGGGUGGGGGAUUCGGGGUGGGCGUAUUUCCACAUGCAGGAUGCGGAGAGGGCGGUGGACGGGGGCGGGUUGUGUGUGCGGUAUGGGGCGCUGAGUGAUGUCGAUGCGGAGACGGCGGAGGUGGGGAAGACGGUUGUGCAGGUGCUGCGAGAUGCUGGGCUGCGGGUUGUGUGGAAUGGGCGGCCGCAGAUGGUUAUUCGGGUUACCCCGCUAAGUUGGCGGCCGAGGUUGCUGGUGGAGGAGUAGUUUGUAUGUAGUAUAUAUCUUGCAUAUCAUAUAUCGCAUAUCUAUGAGUAGAUCUUGAAUACACUGCGUCCGAAAAACGGGUCAACUUUCCGAUAUUUGCUCAACAUGACAUAUAUAGCUCUGUCUAUGAAGUAUGCUAUUCUCUACAGCUUCAUAUUCCCGCGGCCCCCUUGCUGUUAUUUAGACGCUACACAUGAUAUCAUAGUGCAGGUACAGACAGUGCACACCCUUCCACUGCAGUUGAGAGAUUGCACCGAAAAGCCCAUCCAGAAGCAAAUCAAUCCCCACACCAACAAACUCAAACAGACCUCUUUUCGAGCACCACCCCUCCUCAUUUUUCCACUGCAUAGCUGUAGUCAACGAACAAUAAAUGACGCCAUUCCAGCAUUUUUCCUGAGAAGUGUUAUAUCUAGUCACUAUAACCCCUGUUCCCCCUUUCCCUCUCUGCGGCAUUUAUUUGCGCCAUUUACGCAUUCUUCACAUGGUCACAGCGGACCUUUCGAGAUUACCUACUCGUCAACCAUCAAGGCUUAUUUUACCGAGUAGCUGUCAUGCUAGCAAUCUGUGAAUCAUCGAGAGUGAAGAAAUCCGGCAUUGAACAACAGAUAAAAUAUAAAGAGUGAUUAUGAUUGCUACAACGCGUAGGAGUUUCACUCCUCAACAACUAGUUUUCGGGUAAAUAAUAGUAAAAUUAAGAAAAUAAACAUAACAAUCUUUCUAAUUUCAAAAC